UCCGGUGAAUAUGUUCUGCGCAAGCGUCAACAUUUCCGGACGUAGUUUCCCAUCGGAAGACGAUAGAAAACGGACCGACGCCGGAUGUUGCUGUCCAGUCCGACUGGGAUUGCCCCGGCUGGUAGGCGGGUCGCGCAGGCGCAGAGAGUACCGGCCACGCCAGUUGAGGCAGCCUCAGAGCGGGAUGCGGCGACGCCCCUGAGUGACCAUGGCAGCGGCGGACGAGCUGGCCUUCCACGCAGAGUUCGAGGAAGCCACUAAUUUGCUGGCCCAGACCCCAGAUGCGACCACCACCAGAAGUGACCAGUUGACCCCCCAGGGGCAUGUGGCUGUGGCCAUGGGCUCAGGAGGCAGCUAUGGAACUGAGGAUGAUGCAGAGGAGAGUGACAAGGCAGCGCUCCUACAGGAGGAGAAGCAGCAGCCUGGUUUCUGGACCUUUGGCUACUAUCAGACCUUCUUUGACGUGGACACUUCACAGGUCCUGGACCGGAUUAAAGGCUCACUGCUGCCCCGGCCCGGCCACAACUUUGUACGGCACCAUCUGCGGAAUCGGCCAGACCUGUAUGGCCCCUUCUGGAUCUGUGCCACACUGGCCUUUGUCUUGGCUGUCACCGGCAAUCUGACCCUGGUGCUGGCCCAGAGGAGGGACCCCUCCAUCCACUACAGCCCCCAGUUCCACAAAGUGACCGUGGCUGGCAUCACCAUCUACUGCUACGCAUGGCUGGUGCCGCUGGCACUGUGGGGCUUCUUGCAGUGGCGCAAAGGUGUCCGAGAGCGCAUGGGGCCCUACACCUUCCUGGAGACGGUGUGCGUCUACGGCUACUCCCUGUUUGUCUUCAUCCCCACUGUGGUCUUAUGGCUCAUCCCCAUCCCAUGGCUGCAGUGGCUCUUUGGGGCACUUGCCCUGGCCCUCUCAGCCGCUGGCCUGGUGUUCACCCUCUGGCCGGUGGUCCGCGAGGACACCAGGUUGGCGGCCGCAGUGCUGCUCUCUGCCGUGGUGCUGCUCCACGCCCUCCUGGCCAUGGGCUGUAAGUUUUACUUCUUCCAGCCGCUGCCUCUGGAGCUCCUAGAACCUCCCCACCAGGCCACAGCCCAGCCCCCAAACAUACCGCUGCCACCCACCCUGCCAAAGUCCAUGGCGACCUAGGAAGGCUGGAGCCCACAGGCUGCCUAGAGUAGCAACACAUAGAAACCAUCUAAUUAAACCAACAAUGACCCAUCAAUAAAAGACUAUGUAUGUGAAAAAGAAUAAAGAAGCUCUUGAAAAGAAGCAGCAGCAGCAGCUCUUUAUGAAUAGGUGGGGAAAGAGCUCCCAAAUAAGUUGUCAAGCAUGUUCACGAAAAAAACAAGAGAACCAUGUGCUGACAUCCAUCCCAGCUACGAUGGAGAUUUUAUAUCAGGCUAACAAUCCUGCCAAGAACUAAACGAGCAGAGUUAAAAACAAAGGAAAAAACCCUGUUGUCUGACACUGGAGAGCAACCACAGCUGCCACAAUUUGGGGGCUAAGAUCCUAGAGAGAUGCUUUUUGGCCUGUGUCUUUCACAUGUGGAAACACAAGGUGGAUGUUCUCCAUUUGAUUUCACUUUGUGACAUUUGAGCUGCAUGUGGAAUGGGGGUUAGAGAAACCAAGCAAAAAGCCGCUUCUAUGAGAUUAAAAAGCUAAGAAAAGGUUCAGCAGCAUAAUGGUGCUGGGAGGCUGGGACAAGAGGCCUGUGAACCACCAGGCUGACUGAGAUCACUGAAAGUAAAGCAGCAGUUCCCAAAAUGUGAUCCCUUCCAGAACACCCUCAAGGUAAAACUAUUUUCACAAUAACAGAUGUUUUCUGCCCUUUUCAUGCAUUCCCUCACCUGUGCUAUCACAAGAGACUGAAUGCAGAAGCAGAAUCCAACUGUAUUCUAUGAAGCCAGACAUGAAGAAAUAUCCGAAAUAAAAAUGAUGCUAUUCUUGCUGAAAA